CCGGGCCUUCGUCGAGCACAUCUCAUCGAAGGAAAUCCGCCCCUUACUUACUUUUUCUCUUUCUCUAUCUCUUUCUCCCCAAGAAAAGUAUACCCAGCUGCACCUAUAUCUGAGCACCAAAAGCUCGUUAUAUGCCCCGUAUCUCAGUCCCUGCAUUCGCAAAAACCGUUUCGUCCAGACUCAACUUUACAUCUACAAGAACACUCCUAUACACUCGCAGAAUGUCUACAACCCCGAACGCUGUUAUCCCUCAGGCGAAGAGGAUGUUUGACGGUGCGACGCACAAGUUGGAUGUGUGGUCCAUCUUCACCCCCGCCAACGUCCCCGCGGACUGUAUCAACCUCGGUCAAGGUUUCAUGAACUGGGCUCCUCCAGACUGGAUCCGUGCCGAAUCUCACGAGUCUAUGGACCACGACAUUAUGUCAAACCACUAUUCUCACCCUCGAGGUAGGCCUAGGUUGUUGAAGGCCAUCAGCAAGCACUACAGCCCUCAGUUUGAGAAUAUUGUUGCCCGAGGAAAGGACUUGACUAAUGAGGAGAUUUUGGUUACUUCCGGUGCCAACUGCGGUAUGUUUGCCGCUCUCACGGCGCACUGUGAGCCCGGAGAUGAAGUCAUCUGUAUCGAACCCUACUUUGACCAGUACUUUGCUUCUAUCCACUUCCAAGGUGCCAAACCCGUCUUUGUGCCCCUUCACCCUCCUACCGGCAAAGGUAUCAAGCAUGGCGGAGACUGGACGCUCAACAUAGAUGAAUUUGCCGCUGCGUUCACUCCCAAAACCAAGGCGGUGAUUAUCAACACCCCUCAUAACCCGGUUGGCAAAGUGUUCACCAAGGAGGAGUUGGAGCAAAUUGCCAAGGUUUGUAUUGAGAAGAAUGUUUUGGUGCUUGCGGAUGAGGUGUACGACUGUAUGGUGUACGACGGGAAUAAGCAUUUCAGGAUUGCUACAUUGCCUGGUAUGUGGGAGAGGACUUUGACUGUGGGAUCUGGUGGAAAGUCGUUUGCUUGUACCGGUUGGCGAGUUGGAUGGCUCAUCGGUCCCCCCCAACUUACCGCUGCUACCCUCGCCGCGCACAGCCGAAUUGUUUUCUGCACCAACUCUCCUAUGCAAGAAGCGGUUGCUAUCGGUCUCGAAAAAGCUGCUGAGCACAAGUUCUUCGAGGAACAAGUCGCUGCUUACGAAGAGCGCCGAGACAUUCUUUGCUCGUACUUUGACCAAAUUGGUUUGAGUUACACCAAGCCUGAAGGAUCAUACUUUUUGUUGGUGGAUAUUAGCCCCGUCAAGGUGCCCGAGGGUUACCCUAUCGUAGAGACCUGUAAGGGCCGAGGAAAGGACUUUGAGUUUUGUUGGUGGUUGUGUCAGGAGCUCAAGGUGGUAGGCAUUCCUCCUUCCGAGUUCUACAGCGAGGAGCACGUCAACAUUGGUGAGAGGUUUGCUCGUUUCGCUUUCUGCAAAGACCCCGAACUUUUGCAUGCUGCGGGCAAGAGGUUGCUCAAGCUGAAGGAGUACUUGUAAGGAGGGGGAUGAGGCAUAGGAAUAAAAGUGGGCAGAGGGGUUGUACAUGCAUUCAUCGGACAUUCGCGG